UUUUCCGUAACAUGCAAACAGCAUGUCCCUGAAUGACACGAGUUGAUCCGGAAGUCGCCUGGUGCACAGUUUCCCUCUACACCGGUUACCUGGCUGUCUCAGGAGAGAUGGCGACCUCCCAGAAGUUGACAGAACACUUCCUGACAUGCACCAUAUGUACAGAGGUGUUUGACAAGCCCUGUACACUUGUGUGUAAUCACACCUUCUGUCGGAAAUGUGUCGUCAACUACACCAAAACCAGACCAGAAGCCAUCAGUGCCAAGUCUCUCCUGUGUCCAUGCUGCAGGAAGAUGACGAAAGUGUCUGACCCUGAGAGACCAGUGGAGGAGUGGGCGGAUGACGUCAAGCCUAUCUUUGUCAUCCAGGGACUGUUGGACUCGUUUGGGCCUGGAUCUAAAGAUACAACUAACUGCAGUUAUUGUAAGGAGGAAGGGGAGACAACUCCAGCUACAUCUUGGUGUUCUGUUUGUGACGACGCACUGUGUGAACGAUGUACACGGAUGCACCAACGAAUCCCCUCUUCCCGUCACCAUGACGUAGUUGACCUGUCUGGAGAGACAAGGGUCAAGGUGAAUAGAAAGGUCAUGUGUAAAGUUCACAAGGACGAGAGGAUCAAAUAUCUUUGUAAAGAUUGUAAAACAGCUGUUUGUCAAACAUGCUGCACCAUCCAUCACAGGAAAUGUGACAUGGUUGUUGAAAUUGAGUCAGAGAUUCCUGCAAUGAAAACCGAGCUGAAAAGGAAUAAAGAGAAUUUGUUAAAGAAACACAAUGAGAUGAAAACACAUGUUGGGAAAACAAAACUCCAGGGUCGGUGAAGAAUUGGCGCUUCACCUACAAAUAGAAUCAAAUAUCAAGUCUGCAAGUCUCACAGCAAUAGAGGUGAUCAAAGUCAAGGAACGGAAACUUCUGUCUGAACUGAAAGAGAUGUCUGACAGACACAUUGGACAACUGAAGGCAGACAUAAAGUCAGGUGAGAUGUCAGUACAGAUGUACCAACAACAGACUGAGCUGAUAGACCAGGCUCUACAAUCUGAGUGUGACAUGGAUGUGUAUGAGAUGUAUCAGGGAUGUGAGGCCGGUGAUGUGGAGGCUGUCGGAGUCGUAGACGUGAAGGA